GUCGACGGACUUUUUUGUUGCCAUUCUUGCGCUCACGCAUAUUUUCCUUGUUUUUCCUGCAAAAUCCUGUUAUUUUAAAAAGAUUUAACGAAAUCAAUUGCUACUGAAUCCUGUACCUGCCUAGCCAUGGAACGACCGACUCCAGAGUCUCCUGUUAAAAGCAUGCUAACCGCUCCCCAACCCCGAACGCCGGUAACGAUAAAGCCUCAACCUCCGCAAAGCAGCAUGGUCAUGCAACUGCCAAUGCCCACCGGACCACAGGAAGCAGUAAAUUCAGUCACAGUCAAAAACUGCGUGGCCACCGUCAGCUUAGGAUGUGAACUGGAUCUGGCCAGUAUUAAUUUCCGCACCCGAAAUACCGAAUACAAUCCGGCCCGGUUUCACGGAGUGGUAAUGCGGAUACGAGAACCUCGUUGCACGGCUCUAGUUUUCCGGACCGGGAAAAUCGUUUGCACCGGUGCUCGAAACGAGGCCGAUGCCAAUUUGGCGGCUCGGAAGUUUGCCAGAAUCAUCCAAAAGCUCGGCUACCCGGUGCGGUUUUUAGAAUUUAAAAUUCAAAAUUUGGUAGCAGUAGUAGAUUUGCGGUUCCCGGUUCGAUUGGAAAAUUUGAACCAGGUUCAUGGGCAGUUUAGCUCGUACGAGCCGGAGAUUUUUCCCGGUUUGAUUUAUCGGAUGAUCAAACCACGGGUUGUGCUGUUGAUUUUCGUGAAUGGUAAAAUCGUGUUUACCGGAGCCAAAUCGGCGGAAGAAGUCACCGAAAGUUUGGAGAACAUCUAUCCAAUCUUGCAAAGUUUUAGGAAAAAUUGAAUCAAUUUGAUGUGUUUUUUUUUGUCUUUUUAACAUUAAGCUAACGGUAUUCGAAGAUAGUUUUAAAAGUAAAGAUAAGAAAUAUGCAUCUAUUAUAAACGUUCUUAAUUGACUCAUAGCAUUGUAAAAAUAAUAGGCUUUCCUCCGCUAGGAAUAAGUUAUAAUUUUAUACUAGUGAGAUUCGUAGGUGCACAAAUAAAAGGUAUGUAUCUCAAAAAAUGCGUUUC